CACACACAGCCACAGACUUUACAGUGUCUCAGCUACAGAGGAUCUAUCUGCCUUUAUAUAGAUAUUUUUUUGUUUUUCUACAGAUCGAGUCAAAGAAAAAAGAAGAAGAUGGAAGUGAACACAGCUCCUUACGACUACUACGACUACGAGGAGACAGAGAACUCCACCAUGUGCGACUACUCGGAGUGGGAGCCGUCGUACGCCGUCAUCCCGGUGCUCUACAUGCUCAUAUUCAUCCUGGGCCUCUCAGGAAACGGAAUCGUCAUCUUCACCGUGUGGAGGGCGCAGGGCAAGCGGCGAGCGGCUGACGUCUACAUCGGCAACCUGGCCCUGGCCGACCUCACCUUCGUGGUCACCCUGCCGCUCUGGGCCGUUUACACCGCCAUGGGCUACCACUGGCCCUUCGGAGUGGCCCUGUGCAAGAUCAGCAGCUACGUGGUGCUUCUCAACAUGUACGCCAGCGUCUUCUGCCUCACCUGCAUGAGCUUCGACCGCUACCUGGCCAUCGUCCACUCCCUGUCCAGCUCCCAGCUGCGCACCCGCGGACACAUCCGGGCCUCGCUGGCGGCCAUCUGGGCGCUGUCCGGUCUGCUGGCCGCCCCGACUCUUCUCUUCCGCACGACCAAGUACGACCAGCAAACCAACCGCACGUCCUGCGCCAUGGACUUCAGCCUGGUCGUGACCGGCAAGGAGGAGGAGAACCUGUGGAUCGCCGGCCUCAGCAUGUCCUCCUCGGCCCUCGGCUUCCUCCUGCCGUUCCUGGCGAUGAUGGUGUGCUACUGCUUCAUCGGCUGCACCGUCACCCGUCACUUCAACACCCUGCGCAAGGAGGACCAGCGCAAGAGGCGGCUGCUGAAGAUCAUCACCACCCUGGUGGUGGUGUUCGCUGUUUGCUGGCUGCCCUUCCACCUCGUGAAGACCGCCGAUGCCCUGUCGUACGUCGACCUGGUGCCCGCCACCUGCGAGUUCCUGCGCUUCCUGCUGCUGGCUCACCCCUACGCUACGUGUCUCGCCUACGUCAACAGCUGCCUCAACCCCUUCCUCUACGCCUUCUUCGACCUCCGCUUCAGGUCCCAGUGCCUGUGCCUCCUCAACCUGAAGAAGUUCCUGCACGCCAGUCCGAACAGCUCCCUUUCCUCGCAGAAGACAGAAGCUCAGUCUCUGGCCACGAAGGUGUGACCGCAGCAGGGGGGGGGAAAGACGUGAACAAUGCAGAAAAGGGCAGGUUGAAAGACAAAACUUUGCAGCAUCAUCUGCAACCAGUUUCAGGGUUUCACCUUUGCCCGGCUGUCCCACUCCCUCCCACCCACCCCUCGGCCUCUGACUGUGUGGACUGAAGAGGACUGAAUGUUGUUGAUGUAAACGGAGGGGGGGGUUGAAUCACACCGAAACUCAAGACUCUCUUUAAGUGGCAGGCCUGUGAAACUGAACAUCGGGGGGAAAAUGCGUGAAACUCUGUUGGUCAAGAAAAAAAAACUGGACUAGAUGCCCCCAGAGAUCCCUUUUGGUUCCUGUGAGGACUUUUUGAACCGGGCAAGCUGUGCCUUCAGCCGCUGAUGUUCUUGUUGUCAUUAGCGAGUACUUGUGGAGGGACCAGAUCAGCCGGCGGUGUCUCACCCACGUCUCCAAGUGUGCAUGUAGGCAGGGUGUGCUAAUCAGCGAGGAAGGUGUCGGAGUGAGAUAAGAUGUUGUAAAUUGUAAAUUUGUGCGUGUGCGUGAGAGAGAGAGAGAGAGAGAGAGAGAGAGAGAGAGGAGGGGGGAGUUUGGGGGGGGCCUGCCUGCCGACAGACAGACAGAUGGCAGACAAAUGGUUUCAGGUUGGUAAAAGGUCCAAUUAAAAGGUGACUGCUUUGCCAGCUAUGUGAGCAUGAAGGUAUGAGCCGUCUGCUUCUGUCUGCAGACGAUAAAUGUCAAUGAAUUUCCUGCUGACAGCAACGUGAAAGAAUUUUGUAAAUACGUUAUUAUUUUUUAUUUGUAUUAAAGAGAAAAAAAAAAAAAGGGUGCUCCGAAGAA